AUGGCAAGGCGAAGCUUGCAGCUGAUGGUGUCGGGGCUUCCGGCUCUUGGAAGUGAUCUCGGCCGCAGGUCCCUGUGUCUCCGGCGACGGCCGAAGCUGCUGGCGGCGCAGGCGGCCGAGAAGGUGUUCGUUGCUCCAGAUGCGCUUCUAGCUCUCAAGUCAAUCACUGGUCUCCGCGCUCCUGGAGUUAAGGGGACGAACCGCUUGGACGCACAAACCGUGCUUCAGUCCAUGUUGAUGGUUCUACUGGGUCCUUGCUGCGGGGUGCACCGCACACGAACUGCCCGUGGUCCUCCUGCCGGUGUCACCGAGCCCCCACCAACGUCCAGCCGUUUUGAGGAAGCUGUAAAGCCGAAGUCCGUUGCUCCCUCUUCUGGAGUGGGCCAUAAGACCCCCGAGGGCCUCCUGCCGGUGGCCCGGAGCCCCCACGGCCGGCUAACCCCGAACGGGGAGUCAGCUGCUGGCUCUUCUGGGGUGGCCGCUCAGGGACAUGUCGGCCGUGCUGCUAUUAUGCCGAGGCUUGCUGUUGAGCCCCUGCCAUUGCACAGGGGCAGGACUUUCGUGAAGCACUUCGACGCUCCUUUCAAGACGUCCAUUGCAAUUCCGACUGAAGUAUGGAACAUUAUCAAGGAGGACAAUAGUAGCACCAUAAUGCUGACGGGUGAUUCCAUGGGCUACCAUGAAAUCACCGUUGAGCUGCAGAACAACAAGCAUGUCUUCACUAAUGGGUGGACCGCAUUUGUCGAAGUUGAGCGCAUCCCCCGUGGUGACAUGGCAGUAUUCGCAUGGGUCCGAGAGGGCACCCUCUCUAUGUGUCUCUAUGGUCCAAAUGGUGGUGACAAACCAAUGGCAAACCGUCCACCUCAUGGUCAUCCACUUCUUGAAGAUUUCCAUCAGCAACCUACAGAUGACCCCGAGAAUGGAGGUGAUGUUUACGUUCCAGCUAAUAUCCUUGGUAUGGUGUUUGAGCUUGGUGCUGGUGUUGUCAUGGGACCGGAAAUCAUGCAGACAUUAGCUAAUGUCUGGCACUACUGGGAUAGCAGCUUUGCCUUAUAUGUGUGUAUUAUUGUGCCAACUCAAGUUGGACCCAGGAGCCAUUUUUGGUUUGGGAGUAACUUCUCUCAGACUUUGGAGUACAGGAAGCGUGUUGUGAUGUUCUCUAGCACAGCAACAAUGUCCGUGGUGAGGGAGUUUUGGUGA